AUAAGAGAAACAAGAAAACGACACGAACAUCGCUUGGUGGAGGUGGACACUAGUCGCCAACAGGAGUAUGAAUCCAAAAUGACUCAGGCCCUGGAGGAUCUGCGCAAUCAGCACGAUGAGCAAGUCAAACUGUACAAAAUGGAGCUGGAGCAGACCUACCAGGCUAAGCUGGAGAAUGCCAAACUGUCCUCCGACCAAAAUGACAAAGCUGCAGGUGCAGCUCGAGAGGAGUUGAAGGAGGCUCGCAUGAGAAUAGAAGCUCUCAGCUACCAGCUUUCUGGCCUCCAGAAACAGGCUAGUGCAGCAGAGGAUCGCAUUCAUGAGUUGGAGGAAAUGAUGGCUGCUGAGCGGGAAAAGUUUAGGAAGAUGCUAGAUGCAAAGGAGAGGGAAAUGACAGACAUGAGGGACCAGAUGCAGCAGCAGCUUACAGAGUACCAGGAGCUGCUUGAUGUUAAAUUAGCACUGGACAUGGAGAUCAGUGCUUACCGAAAACUCCUGGAAGGAGAAGAAGAAAGGUUGAAGCUCUCUCCAAGUCCGGCCUCCCGUGUCACAGUCUCUCGGGCUACCUCCAGCAGCAGCAGUAGCAGCACUUCACUUGUUCGCUCUUCCCGAGGCAAGAGAAAACGCAUUGAAGCGGAGGAGCUUUCAGGAACGAGCGGGAUUGGCACUGGAAGUAUCAGUGGCAGCAGUAGCAGCAGUAGCUUCCAGAUGUCCCAGCAAGCUUCGGCUACAGGAAGUAUCAGCAUAGAAGAGAUAGACCUGGAGGGCAAAUAUGUUCAGCUGAAGAACAACUCUGAGAAGGAUCAGUCUUUGGGUAACUGGAGACUGAAAAGACAAAUUGGAGAUGGAGAAGAAAUUGCUUACAAAUUUACUCCUAAGUAUGUCCUCAGAGCUGGGCAGACUGUCACAAUUUGGGGUGCAGAUGCAGGCGUAUCUCAUAGCCCCCCUUCUGUUCUCGUAUGGAAGAAUCAAGGCAGCUGGGGCACUGGAGCAAAUAUCCGCACAUACCUCGUGAACUCUGAAGGAGAGGAAGUUGCAGUGAGAACUGUAACUAAAUCAGUAGUUGUGCGAGAGAACGAAGAGGAAGAGGAUGAAGCAGAGUUUGGAGAGGAAGACCUUUUCAACCAACAG